AUGGAGCAGCAUACCCUCCGCCGCCGGGGCCUCGGUCUCCGCGGCAUCGACGAACGAGUCUCGCCUGGCUACGUCCUCUACUCUCCACUUACAUCGAACACCGCGCACCUUGUCUCGACUUCUGGAAAAGAAGUUCACCGUUGGACUCUUCCCCACCGCGCUGGUCGGCAUUCCCGCAUCCUGUCUGAUGGAUCUCUGGCGUACAAUGGCGUUCACCCAGAUGCCCCCGCGCUGUUUCCAAUGUGGGCCAAGUAUCGCGGUGGUGUCAUGAUGCAGCUUGAUCCGUCAGGCAAGAUAUUACAGCAGUAUUCCGAUCCAUAUGCCCAUCAUGACCAGAAUCACCUGGGUGAUGGAACUAUCCUCUACACCACCCUCGAACCUCUCACUGCCGAAGAGGCGGCUCGCGUGCGCGGUGGUAUCCCGGGCAGCGAAGCCUCAGGAGGUAUUAUCUACGGCGACUGUAUCAAGCUAGUGGAUCCCUGGUCCGUCUCGAAUAAUUCAUCCUCGGCCGAUUUCGACGGCAGUAACGGCAAGGGUGGUGCCAAGUUACUCUGGUCCUGGCGCGCGAUUGACCAUCUCGAUCUCGAGGCUUUCGCCGCACACCCACACUACCCACGCGAGCACUGGCCUCUAAUUAACAGUGUUAGCUUUGACUCAGAGGGAAACAUCAUAGCCUCGACGCGCAAUGCUUCCGGCGUCUUCAUCAUCAGUCGAAAGACCGGGGAAGUCGUUUGGCACUUGACCGCGCCGACAGUCUGUCAACAGCACUGUGCGCACCAAAUCAAUUCCGCAGGCGACAUUCUCAUCCUCGAUAACGGCGUCUUCAGACCUGAGAUAUCCGUGCCGUUCUCCCGGGCCAUUGUUGUUUCUCGCGAUAAACAGAUUAUAUGGGAAUACAAGGAUACGACGACCGGCGGCCUGGGCUUUUUUACUCCGUUUAUGGGGUCGGCGCAUAAAUUGGGGAACGGGAAUGUAUUGAUAUGUGAGGCCGCGACUGGUCGGAUUAUUGAGGUUACUGAGGGUGGUGAGGUAGUGUGGGAAUUUGUUGUUCCACAGUUGCAGGACUAUAAGGCUGUUAUGGGCAAGAAUGAGCUAGAGGAGAUGGAGAGGAUUGGUUUCUCGAACCAGAGCAAUGCGAUUUUUAGGGCUUACAAGUAUCGGCCUGAGGAGGUGCCUUGGCUGAAGGAAGAAUGA